GCAGACCUGCUGCAGUUGUGUGAGGGCGCCGCUGGGUGAGUCCCUCUCUCCGCUGCCUCUGUCUCCACAGCUCCUUUUUCCCAAAGAAAAGAAGAGGAGAACUAGGUCCGGGGAGGAGGGCCGCCGCCAUUAUCGGAAAGCUGGCAGAAUUACCACUUUCACACACGCAAUCUGCUCUUCAAAUUGACCGGGACGUGAACGAUUUUCUGUUGCAGAGGGGAGCACAUUUGAGACGAAACACCACGGCGAUUGCAACAAACUCACCCCUUGUCUCGUGUGCGCCACCGGCCCAGCAUAAUGUGGGCACAACAAUGGACAGAAUAAUUAUUGAAAAAGCAACGUGGUGAACCGAGAAGAAGACGGCUAAGCACAUUUUAUACGCUUGAAUUUCUCCUGAAGUCAAACCAUUUCAACAACAACACUGGAUUGUUGUAUCAUUUGGGAUAUUUAUUUCUCCAAUCCGCGUGUUUAAUUGCAAAGAAAACACUGAUGCCGAACAAGAGAACUGCAGGCAUGGGUAAUGGAUGUUUAAUUUAAACCUCCUUAAUUGCACUCGUUGUUGAAUUAUCAGUAUUAUCAGUGAAUCCGGAGGAGCCGAAGUGUGUUCUGCGGCUUUAUGCUAUUGCACAUCAGGCGGCGAGGGCUGCGGCAAGAGCUGGCCUGACAGAUGCAAGAGGAGAAAGGGAGAAAUGCGAUGGAUCUGAUUCUUAUGAGGAAUGAAUGAAGGAACUCCCCUCAUACGACUGCACUGCUAUUUAAUAAAAUUGAAGACCAGCAGAAGAAAGUGAAAUCUGAUCUCCUCUGUGGAUCAGCAGCUUUAUGGACAAACAUUCAAGUGAACUCCUUUACACAGUGCCUGUUUAUGGCAGGAUGAGCUUCAGCAGGCUAUGAUGGCAAAAAAGCAAGAUGCCCGAUCGCCCAUUUAUAAUCUUGUUGUGGUGGGCUUGUCAGGAACGGAGAAAGAGAAGGGGCAAUGUGGGGUUGGAAAGUCCUGCUUGUGUAAUAGAUAUGUGCGGCCCAGUGCUGACGACUUCUACUUGGACCACACAUCAGUGUUGAGCACCAGUGACUUUGGGGGUCGUGUGGUUAAUAAUGAUCACUUUCUGUUUUGGGGAGAGGUGUCACGGGUUCUGGAGGAGGGGCCUGAAUGCAGGAUGCAUGUUGUGGAACAAACUGAGUUUAUUGAUGACCAGACAUUUCAGCCACAUCGUAGCACUGCUAUGCAGCCCUAUAUCAAACGGGCAGCUGGAACCAAGCUGGCCUCAGCAGAGAAGCUCAUGUACUUCUGUACAGAUCAGCUGGGCCUGGAGCAAGACUUUGAGCAGAAACAAAUGCCUGAGGGCAAGCUGCAGGUAGAUGGCUUCCUGCUUUGUGUAGAUGUCAGCAGGGGCAUGAACCGCAACUUUGAUGACCAGCUGAAGUUUGUCACAAACCUUUACGGUCAGCUUAGCAAGACUAAGAAGCCUAUUGUGCUGGUCCUCACCAAAUGUGAUGAAGGAGUUGAACGCUACAUUAAAGAUGCGCAUACAUUUGCCAUCACAAAAAAGAGUCUGCCAGUAGUUGAGACAUCUGCCCGUUCAAACAUAAACGUGGACCUUGCCUUCCUCACUUUGGUUCAGCUCAUUGACAAGGGCAGAGGGAAGCCCAAGAUCAUUCCCUAUUUUGAAGCCCUGAAACUCCAGAGUCAGCAGAUAGCUUCAGCCAAGGAUCGCUAUGAAUGGCUAAUUAACCGCAUAGUAAAGAAUCACAAUGAAACCUGGAUAAACACCAGUCGACGCAUGAACACCUCCCCUGAGUACAAAGAAUAUGUUUUCUUGGAGGGAACAGCUAAAUGCAAGAAGCUUUUUCAACAGCAUGUUUACCGUCUGAAGCAGGAACAUAUUGAGAGGCGUCGCAAAAUAUACCUAAGCACUCUUCCCUUAGCACUUAGUUCCUUGGUGCCUGACCUGGAUGAGAUUGAUCAGCUGAGCUGGUCUGGGGUACAGAAGGUCCUGGAGUCCAAGCAGCACUUUGCCCACUGGUUUGUUGUUCUGGAAGACUCACCAUGGGAGGAUACAUCUCACAUUGAUAAUAUGGAAGAUGAAAGAAUCCCUUCAGACCUGCUGGAGACUGGUGAGGCAGAGGAUUUAUUCAACGCCCACUUGGAACAUCUGCGUAAUGAGUGCAGACGGGCAGAGAUGAGGCUGGAGUUUAAACACAAGUUAGCAUCUUCUCCCUUUGUCACACCUGGUAAACCUUGGGAGGAGGCCCGCAGUUUUAUCAUGAAUGAAGAGUUCUACCAGUGGCUAGAGGAGCCAGAGUACUUAGACUUGUACAACCGCCACCAGAAGGAGAUCAUCGACCGCGCUAAAGAAGACUUCCAGGAGCUCUUACUUGAGUACUCAGAGCUUUUUUAUGAGCUGGAGGUAGAUGCCAAGCCGAGCAAAGAGAAAAUGGGGGCAAUCCAGGAGGUUUUAGGAGAGGAACAGCGGUUUAAAGCACUACAGAAGCUACCAGCUGAAAGGGAUGCUUUGGUGUUGAAGCAUAUCCACUUUGUCUAUCACCCUACCAAGGAGACCUGCCCCAGCAGUCCUCACUGUGGAGACUCUAAGAUUGAACAAAUCCUAGUUUCACGUUUCCCCACUUGUUACCCCUUUUUUGAUUUGAAGGCUCAUUUUGGAGACAACAAGGCUGACCGGAUUAACCUCGUCAUACUAGGGAGGGAUGGACUCGCCAGAGAAUUCGCCAACGAGAUUAGGGCUCUCUGCACCAAUGAUGACUGGUAUGUGUUAGACGGGAAGAUGUAUGAACUGACACUGAGGCCAAUUGAAGGAAAUGUACGUCUUCCAGUAAAUUCCUUCCACACCCCUACUUUCACCCCUCAUGGAUGCCUGUGUCUGUAUAACUCUAAAGAGUCCCUCUCCUAUGUGGUGGAAAGCCUUGAGCGACUUAGGGAAUCAACUCUAGGCCGAAGGGAUAGCAUGCUAGCGCAGCUGCCAACAUCACUGCUGUUGGUCACCAAAAGAGGUGUAGGAUCGUAUGUGGACAUAGGUGGAGAAACUGCCUUAAACCUUAUAACACAGGGACAACAGGUUGCAAGGAGACUGCAGUGUAGCUUUUUAGACCCAGCCUCCCCAGGUGUGGGCUAUGGCCAUAAUGUCAACGAGACUCAAAUCAACCAGGUGCUGAGAGGCCUUCUGGAUAUCAGAAGAAGCACAUCUUUCAGUAGCAGUUCCCCACCCCUCCUCCCUGAGCCUCCAGGUCUCAGAGACUCCCCUCAUCAGCCUGCUCCAGAGGCAGACCUCCGCAUUGUCAUGUGCUUGAUGUGCGGAGACUCCUACGACAUCGAGCAGCUUCUGUCCCCUUUCCUAAUGCAUCAGCACUGCAGGCCCAUGUCCAAUUGCGGCACCUCUGUACUGCUGGAGCAGACAGUUGCUGGACACAAGCUGGCUAUAGAGCUCUCCUUGCUCUCAUACCAUGCCUCCUUCACUUUGCGGAAGAGCAGGUUAGUACACGGCUACAUUGCAGUGUACUCUGUGUCAAGAAAAGCCUCCCUUGAGACCCUCUGUGCCUUCUUGUGUGAGGUUCAGGACAUCAUCCCAGUUCAGCUGUUGGCAGUGGGAGACAGCCAGGCAGAGCUCACGGACAGCGACUAUGCCUGUGAACAACUGAUCCAAGGGGAGGAGCUUGCCCAUGAGAUUGAGGGUCGAUUCAAUAGUUUGGUCUGUGGAUCGGGGGGAGUGGUGGGAGGCCUGCACAGGAUAGAAAUGUUCCAUUCUUUCCUGAUGGAGGUGGUUGAGAAACGCAACAUUGUUGAGGCCACACACAUGUACGAUAAUGUAGCUGAAGCAUGCACCAAUGAAAAUGUGUAUUCCCCUCGCUGCAGUUCUCCCAGCCCUGUUACCAUGUUCCUGGAUUCAGAGGAUGAUGUCGAGCCAUCACCUCCGUACUAUGAUGGCACACUCUCUUCACAUAGUGGGGGCUACAACCUGCCUGACUUAGAAUCCGGUGACAUCUCUGUCAUUUCUGAUAUCAGAGACUUUGAAAACAAACUCAACAACAAGGUACCCCCUCAAGUGAGAGUUAAACCAGGCGUCACUUUUGACUUCCGGAAGGUUAGUCGUAAUCCAUAUAUUGAUACGUUAGGUCACCGCCGCUCCCUGCCCUCCGCUGUAACCUGGGUUCCUGGCGGGGAUGUGGGCUACGAUCCCUCAGACUACGCCGAACCCAUUGACGCUGUUUCAAAACCCCGCCCAAGCAACGAAGAGAUCAUCUACUCAGUUCCUCAUGACAGCACACAAGGCAAAAUCAUCACUAUCCGCAACUCCAACAGGAUGCACUCCAAUGGAAACGGCUCAGACAGUGAAGCAGACAGCAGCUCUCUGGAGAGGAGGAGGAAGUUCUCAGCUGCGGGGGUGAAGCCUCGUCUUUACCGCGACCGCUCCAAGCGGCUUGGCAAAUUCAGCAGCUUCCGCACAAGCUUCAUAGGCAGUGAUGAUGAAAUGGGAGCUCUUCAGAAGUCCAAGGAAGACGACUAUGGGACACUGAAAGGUGAAAGUCUAGUUAAUGAGGAGAGCGAAGACCCCAAAAAGAGGAACAUCCUGAAGAGCCUGCGACGGACAGCCAAGAAAACAAGACCAAAGCCCCGUCCAGCUAUUCCCAAGCCCGUCGAGAGUGCUUACUUUGGUAUUCCCCUUGUGAGUGUGGUAUCCCCAGACAGACCUAUCCCACUCUUCAUCGAGAAGUGUGUCCGCUUCAUUGAGACUACAGGCCUGAAUACAGAGGGGUUGUACCGUGUGAGCGGCAACAAGUCAGAGAUGGAAAGCAUGCAGAGGCAGUUUGAACAGGAUCACGGAUUAGACCUCGUGGAGAAAGACUUCUCCAUAAACACUGUGGCUGGAGGCCUCAAAAGCUUCUUCUCUGAGCUGCCUGAGCCCCUGGUGCCUUGUGCUCUGCAGGUGGACCUAUUGGAUGCUUUCAAAAUCAAUGACAGAGAACAGAGGCUAUACACCAUGAAGGAUGUCCUGAGGAGGUUCCCCAGGGAGAAUUACGAUGUCUUCAAAUAUGUAGCGAGCCACUUGCACAAGGUGAGCCAGCUGAACAGGGUGAACUUGAUGACCAGUGAAAACUUGUCCAUCUGUUUCUGGCCCACUCUCAUGAGGCCAGACUUCACCACUAUGGACGCUCUGACUGCCACACGCACCUACCAGACAAUCAUCGAGACCUUCAUCCACCAGUGUGCAUUCUUCUUCUACAACCAGCCCCUCCUCGAUUCCCCCACAGGCCUGGCGGGUCUCCCUGCCUCGCCCACCACCACCCUCAGCGGGAGCUCUGCCUACUCUUGUUAUCGCUCCUCCCCUCCCCACACCACCACACACUUCAGCCCCCUGCAGCAGUCCCCGCCCACCACCCCCCAGUCCCCCCUGCAGUCUCUGCUCCCUCCCCUCCACCAGCAUCCCCACUCCCACCAUUCCCCUGCUGAACAAGAGACACUGUGAGAGACGGUGAAACCACAUGUGCCCAUGAUGAUGCUGGACCUUAUCACCAACACACACACACACACACACACACACAUACACACGCUCACACGCUCACACGCUCACACACACACACACACACACACACGCUCACACACACACACACACACACACACACACACACACACGCACACGCACACGCACACACAAACACAAACAACAACAUGUGCUCUGCAUUUUUGAUCAUGGACAACCUAGAAUAUGAAAAGAGGAGAUGGGAAGUGUCUGGAGAGACCUCCCUCACCUGCCAUUUGUGUGUGUGCAUCAGAGCAGGCCACCAUUAUCAGUGACUCUUCCUCUGCCCUUUGAGCCCCUGAUCACCUGGAACCUGACUUCAGCUCAGAGGCUGAGGACAGAGGUUGCCGUCACAGCAAGCCUAGCUCCUGUCAGAAACCACCACUUAUCCUACACUACCCAGAAAAAGAAACCUCGAUGCCAAGCUGGAAGAAAUGAUUUGUGGCCACCAUGUAUUUAUCUGUACAAAACUGUUUUUAGUUUUUUUUUCUCAUGAAAGUACUGCCACUGGAUUUUUAGACAUUUCCUCUGUAGGUCCUUUUGGGCAGCAGGUUGCUCUGUCUGCCUACGAGGUUUCUCUCGUCGGCUCUACAUGAGGCGUCAGCAUGGGGAGGGAAGGGAAGAAGGGGAGGGAAGGGUACACAUCCAGGGAUGCACUUUAAUGAUCACUGUUGUUUUGCCCUCAGAAGGGUUUUUUUUUUUUUUUGUGGACAUACUGUUUUCUCGUGUGUUUUUAAUUUCACAGCUCAAACAGCCAUACCCAUUGCCUCUACAGAGCUCUGGCAGAUCAAACUUUGUUUACAUCAAACCUUUUUUUUUUGUAUCCGCAAACUUAUCUGAAGCACUUUUUGAUAGUGUAGUAUUAAAAUAGAAGAAAUGCCACAUUGAUUAAUUGUCCAUACUGUUUGUUUAGUGGUUGAGUAUGGCAUCAGUGCAGGCUUGUGAAACAAGAUCCUUUUGUAAAAACUUGCGUUGUUUGAGUUGAUCCAGAGGUCCCGUAAUGCGUUGAUGGGAAAUCCACUGACAUUCCUCCUUCAUCCAGCCAUGUGAACGUGGUUUCUUUAAGGGUUUGUCCUCUUUCUAGCUGUCGGUGGAUGGGAGUGGAUGUUUUGGGAAAGUUUGGAUUAUUUAGACCUUUAUAUCAUAGGACUUUGUCUGCCACCAGUUAAGUGAAGGAGAAAUUUUGAAUGUGUAACCUCGUCAUACCAUAACAUAACUCUACAAUGCCAUCCGGUGUCCAUGCAAACCAAACGCUUGAAACAUGAUAGGUUGCUGGAUGUGUUGCUGUGGCUAUCUAUCAAACCAAGCUCUUUGUAUUCAUCCAAUAUUAAGGACCUUUAACUCGGAAGGUGUAGUAUUCUCAAACACACUGUUACUGCUAGUCCUGCUAUACAAUACGAAAACCAGUAGAAGUUUUAAUGUUUGUGAAUGGGGCACAUUCAGGAAGCACCUACAGCCGUUUACCUGCUCUAGUGAAUUAGUUUUUGUGCUAGCUCAUCGCCCUCCCUUUUCAUGGAAAAACAAACUGCACAUGUUCAGUGGUAGCACUGCUGAUGAAGACCUGAUCAUUGAAACAUAAAACCUGAGAGGACGCAGUCUUUUUAAUGGGAAGAAGGAAAAAAAAUGACCACCAGACACACAGGCUCUGGAUGUUUAUGGCUCUGUUACAGUUCUUGGGUGCAACAAAGAGCGGAGUAGUUAGAUGGUUUGUUGUAGUAGUAAAGGGGAUCAUCAACUUACAGGUACUUUUGGAAUCACAGUGCUGUUGGAAGUCAGUCGUUUUAUGUGUCCUUGGGAGUAAACUAAGGACACACCUCAUCAAGCUCAGAGCUGUGGGCUGUAACAUUAAGUCUGACUCAGAAGCAAGCAAGCAAAAUGUCUCACUAUGUCACGAUUCCUGGGAGAAUAUAAUAUUACCGCAUCACUUGACUUCUGUCGCAACCUUUGCAAACCUGCUGUUCAAUGAGCAAAAAGUGAGUGCAUACUACUCGAUAAUGGUUGUUUAUUUGUAUGUUGGGGAACACCACCCUUUAGUCAAUGGUAGAAAACAUUUCUAGUGUGUAUUUCAAUGAUUGAAAGUCCAUUUUUACAAUUUUUGUGAAUGGUUCAAGGCCACUUAAGUUUAGUGCAUGAUUUAAAAAACACAGAGGGAGAUGGAUGAACGCCUCUCCCUGUUUUAAAACCUAAAAUUACAAGAAAACGAAACAAUUGCUAAAAGUGAAAUAGCUGAAACGUGAAAGUUUAUGUACCGUGCACCAAGAGCAAACCAUGAAAUUUGUCUGACUGAAAAGUGUUAGAAGAUGAAGGCCUUAUGUGAACUGUAUAAUAGUUAAUAAAUUAAAUCUUGUAAAAUUGUCCU